GGUAUUUAAAAUUGUGUAUAAUGUCACACUGUUGAAACAGUAUUAAUAAGAAAAAUAUCGUUUUAAUGUGCACCCAGUAAAAUUAGAUUACAAAGUAUCACAAGCUUGUGUACCUGUUAUGUAUUAUUAUUAUUAUUAUUUUUCUAGAUCUGAAGAAAAGGCCAUCUUUGAAGACGUCUUUAUAGCUAAGGAUGAAGAUGUGACAAGAUUUGUGGACUACAUUCACAAGACAUCCAAACAUGUGAGUGGACGAGGUGUUUGUGGAGGGGAGUGGUCAGCAGCCAGAGAGACCUCCCAGAGAUCUGCCAGCAAGGUAGACGAGGAGGGAUUGGAGCUUGCAGUGUGUCGACACGGAGUGCUCCUCCGUGCUUUAAAUAUGUACAGGGGUGAAAUUUUUGCCUAUCCCUUGUACCUGCAAGAAAAGCUGGCCAGUAGGCAAAUACAUUUUUUUUGUAUGGAUGUGACUUGCAAAUAUUGGCCCUACCUCCAAAGAGUUGCAAAAAGCUGUCCAGAGCUCCAGCACCUUCUUAACAUGAAGCCCUUCCUUUCAGUGUUCCAUGCCAAAGCCCAUGAUUUUAAAUGUGAGGUGAAAUGGAGUGGGGCAUAUCAGGAUGGGGCUGGUUUAACCCUAGGUGAGGAGGUGGAACAGUGCAAUGCUUUCCUGUCUAGGAUUGCAGUGACUACAAAACACAUGUCCAAAGCAGGGCGCACAGACAUGCUGACUCUCAUGGCCAUGCGCUGGAAUCAGCAAAAGAUCUACACUUUGGCCAUCACACUGACCCGCCGAUAUCAGAAGACCACAAAAGCUCUGCAAAACCAGUUGCUAAACCUAGAGUCUUUAAAAGUUGAACUGGCAGUGACAGAGAGCCAGUUGGAAGACUGGCUCAACAAAGUAAAGGAGUGGGCAGAUAGUGAGUAAAUGACUUAUGUAUAUACAUAUGUAUGUGUGUGUAUGAAUGGUAUAAUGUUAUACU